UCAGACCCGAACCGGGGACUUACUCAUUACAACCAACAAAGAACAUCAGAUAUCGGAGUAUAAAUCAGGGAGAUAACAUGAAGUUCCCAAUGAUGGUAGCCCUCUGCCUACUUUUUCCAAUACUAGUAAACUCAAGUGAAACUUGGCUGGAUAGUUAUAAAGAUACUGCAGAGGACUCUCCUGCUGAUAAUGAUGAUGAAACCAUCAUGGAGAGACGUUGGCAACUGGGCUAUGAGAACUGGCGACUUCGCUGCGAGAAAUUCGAGGCGGAAGAGAAUCAAUCCUCCCCGGUAAACACUCGAAUCGCAGGUGGAGAACUGGCCGCGCGUGGCAUGUUUCCCUAUCAAGUGGGUCUGGUGAUUCAGCAGAGUGGUGGAGAUCUCAUCAAGUGCGGUGGUUCCCUCAUCACCCUGCAGUUUGUGUUGACCGCUGCCCAUUGUUUGAUCAACGCCACCGGGGCGAGGAUUUACUCGGGAGCCACAAGAUUUGCCGAUGUGGGAGAUUCUGCCGAAGAGAUUUUGGUCACCCAUCGAGAUUUUAUAACCUAUCCGGGUUACUUGGGCUUUGGGGGAUACAAUGAUUUGGCCUUGAUACGAUUGCCAAGGAGGGUCCUGACCUCCGAUCGAGUGCAAACCAUCGAGCUGGCCGGAGAGUUUAUGCAUCAAGCGUUUUUGGAAGGCAAAGUUGUAACCCUAUCGGGCUGGGGCAGCUUGGGAGAUUCGCCAAGCAAUGAAACGCGACUUCUUCAGUACCUGGAUGUGGAGGUUAUUGGCCAGGAACGCUGCCUGUGCUAUUUUCUGCCAGGAUUGGUUAGCCAGCGACAUGUGUGCACCGAUGGACGCAAUGGACGAGGUGGCUGCAAUGGCGACUCAGGUGGACCAUUGGUCUACCACUGGCGCAACGUCAGCUACCUGAUUGGGGUCACCUCAUUUGGCAGUGCCGAGGGCUGCGAGGUGGGGUUACCCACUGUCUACGCCAGGAUAACCGCAUAUUUGCCAUGGAUCCGACAGCAAACGGCAAUGACCAACUAAAUGCAAUUAACGCCUAAUUGCCGGCCAUUAAUUGCUAAACAAUAUAG